AAUACUUUCUGAAUGCACUGUACAGAGAGGACUGUGAAUGACAUACAGUGUGUGUGUACAAUAGCAUGUCCAUUGGCAAAAUAUGUGGAUUCAGCAUAACACUCCUGCUGAACCCACAACAGUUAUAGAUUGUGCUCCCAACAGCCGCAUCCCUUUUCCUGCUAGUCCAAGACAGACCUUUAUAAAAUUAUGAUAGACUUAUUGUAAUUAUUAAAACUCUAAGUUCAAGUUGAGUUAACUGAGGUUUGUUUUUACUCUAGGCUGAACACAGCUCUACUGGAAAGACCAGUAGAAAUGGGAUUUCAAAUUUUCACUUUCGUUUCCACACAACAGACACGCCCACAAGUCUACUGAGAAACAGAUACACAAUACUAUCAGGUCAAACUGAUCCAUAGGCUCAGCUGGUUGUGGAUACAAUCUCCAAGCAAUCUUGCUAGCAUGUCCUUCAACUUCGGGCCAGGACCUGGAAGUUGUCCUCAUUUUUCUACACCAGUUUUGCAUGCGGCAGAACAGUGGAAAAGUAAGAUGGAGUCCCCAUGGAGGGAGGUGGCAUGGACUGAGGAUCGCAGGGAGACCCUGAUGGAGUCUAUCAGUUCCUAUAAGCCUGUUUGUGAGGCUUUGUCUGAGGCUCGGGUUCUGCUGCUGGGUCCUGUCGGAGCUGGCAAGUCCAGCUUCAUCAGCUCUGUUCAGUCAGUCUUCACAGGAAGAUUCACUAACCGGGCCAUGGUUGGCUCUUCCUCUGCCAGCUUCACCAAAAAGGUAGAGCUCCUGUUGUUCAACAUCCGUGGGCGGAGUCCAGAGCAGCCUACUGCGCUGGUCCUGUGUGAUGUCAUGGGUCUGGGAGAUGGGGAGACCACUGGACUAACCCUCCAUGACACUCUGGCUAUCAUCAAAGGCCAUGCACCCGAGGGACACAAGGUACGCGAGGGAGAACGGACACAGGUGCCACCGUUGUGUGUAAGAAAGAAUUUCAGUCCUGAGCAGCCUGUGAGAUCAGAGACUGUGGGGUAUGUAAAGAAGCCGUCCCUUAAAGACAAGGUCCACUGUGUCGUCUUUGUGGUGGAUGCUUCUAAAGUGUCCAGCUACACCAAAGGUCUGGGCACCACCUUCCAACAGCUCCGAGAACACAUCAGUGACCUGGGUGUGCAUCAAGUGGCACUGCUGACACACGUGGACCAGGUGUGUCAGGAAACUGCCCGUGACAUCACCCAGGUGUACAACAGUCGGAUCGUUCAGCAGACGAUGACCAACGCUGGGGCUCUGCUUGGCAUGUCCACCUCCUACAUCGUCCCGGUGAAGAACUACUCAUCUGAGCUGGAUGUUGAUGAGAACACAGACAUCCUUCUGCUCAGUGCUGUGGACCACAUCCUGCAAUACGUGGAUCUGCAUUUCCAGGACUGUGCAGCAACAUACCCUAAAUUGUCUCUUUAAAAAGGCUGUGAAAUGCUAUUUAAAAAUGCAUUACAUAUGUUUAUCAUGUUUUAUGACUUGCUUGCACUAUUGUUAACUUUUUAAUUUGAUUUGAUUUAAUUUGUCCUUUACAGAAGUCUUGCUUUGACUAAGACAAAUAAGUAAAAGCCAUUUUGAACGGUG